AUGCAAAUUGAGCUUUCGUGUCAGUUGCUGCAAGCGAAAUUAUUCAGUCGUGGAAGUGCGCAAAAUACAGCGCCACUGCUCGGUGUCUCAAUUGGAUUAUCAGUUUGCUGCAGUGUAGCACUGGGCAGUGAUCUGAGGCUCAGGCAGCUUGCUUUCAACUUCACCAAUCCUUCGCUCACUUUUAACGAUGGUCUUUUGGAUUAUUUGCGUGGUUAUCCAACUCCCCGAACGCCAAAAAUUGCAUCGGAUCUGCCUAGUGCGCUGGAUUCAGUGAAUAUUCUGAAGACAAAUUUAAAGUUGGAUGUGGGGAACUUGGUGAUGCGAUUUACAGCAAACAUCGAUUCCGCUGUGGUGCGUACAGUUUCAGCAACGUUGAAAUCGGUUUCGAUGACAGCUGACAGCAACGAACGAUUUGCCGUUAUUUUAGCGGGCAUCCGAAUUAAUGACAAUUUGUAUGAUACUCAGUUCAGCUGCACCGAUUUCGUCGCUAAUCUCGAUAAAUCGCCAGACAGCUCACAGAAUCUGUUCAUAAAUGUAAGGAUAUUUAAUCCAUAUUUUGUACUCCAUGAAAAUGAUAUUGUGCUGUGGACAGAAUACUAUCAUGAAGUGGAACGACGCAUUUCGUCACACGGACAAUUUGAGGAUGAUUUUUCCACUGCGUCCAUUGCUGGGCAGUAUGGAGGAGUGAAUGGAGAUGGCAGGCUGAGCAGUUACAAGUCGCUGUCAGUGGAAGUGAAUACUUUUCACUGCCGUUUGGUGUUAUCAGACGGUCAAGAAAUUGACACAGAUCUCGAGCUCGGAACAGUUGGAAUCGACGAGGCAAGUCCACUGAUUUUCAUCGAACAGUCUACGUCCAACUUAUUUUAA